UCCGGUUGGAAUUUGCUGAGGCCAUGCUUACGGUUUCGGCUUCGAAUUGACUGUUUUGUUCCAAGAAUCAAGCAAGCUAUCAACCUAUUUAAUGAUCAAGUUGGUAUUGGCACAUCCUAAAUGCGAGUUUUGGAAUCGGAUCAGCUGGUGGCAAUGACAAAGAAGAGGCAUAAACUGAGAAAGCAGAAGCGAGACAAUGAAAUGUUCAAUGAAUCUUCUGAUGAUACCACAGAGGGCGCUCAAGCAGGAAGAUUUUGUGAACACAUCAGUAAAGCUGUAAAUAUAUCAAACGUAAAGAAAGCGGUGAAACAGGUGACACUCGGUGAAUGCCCAACUUGUAAGAAGGAUUGUAAAAGUAAAGACAAAGGUAGCGUUGAAGAACCAACAUCGGCUCAGGCUGCUAUUCCAGAUGAUAUUGAGAUCACUAUAUGGUGCUGUCUGCAAUGUGGACAUCAGGGAUGUGACCGUAAUUCACCAGGUCAGCAUGCUUUGAAGCAUUUUGAGACACCACAUUCAUCACAACAUGCCGUGGUACUUAAUCUCAACAACUGGGCUGUGUGGUGUUACGACUGUGAUGAUGAUAUUACUAUAGAUAGCAACAGAAAAUUAACAGAAUGUGUGGAAUUUGUACAGAAGCAGACUGGGGCUGCGGCAAAAACAGACCGACCACCAUCGGGUAAAAAGAAAGAAAAGGAGGUUGAAAUGGCCGAGAAACAGAAUAUAACGGCGAAACCUAGCAGCACUAUGCAGUAUAAAGUAAAGGGUUUGAAUAAUUUGGGAAAUACAUGUUUCUUCAACGCAGUCAUGCAGAAUAUGAAUCAAACCCAUGUACUGGAACCAUUGAUGUCAGAGCUGUGUAAGAAAGGUAAAUCUGUCAUCGUACCCCAAGAACUCGGCACGGACCGAAAUAUGAAACAUGAAGAAAGUAAACUGCCUCCACUGUCUGUGGUAUUACCAGAGGCAGGGUCGUUGACCUCAGCUAUGAUGUUCUUUCUGAAACUGAUGAAUGAACCAGGAAAGAGUAUUGUCAGUCCAAGACUUCUCUUCAACCAAGUCUGUCAAAAAGCGCCCAGAUUCAAAGGUUACCAACAACAAGAUAGUCACGAGUUAUUGAGAUAUUUGUUAGAUGGUAUGCGUCUGGAAGAAGUCAAGAGAAUGAAAGAAGGUAUCCUUAAAGUGUUCGGAUUGCCAGUGUCCAUCAAUCCAAAAAGUGUAGAAGAAGACAAGAAACACAAAAUUAAAGUUUAUGGUCAGAACAUGAACAUGACAUUUGUAGACAGUGUAUUCGGAGGUCAGCUGAUCAGCACUGUGCUCUGUGAAGAGUGUCAUUUGCCGUCUAUAGUGUAUGAGCAGUUCCUGGAUCUGUCAUUACCAAUCACAGAAGCUAAAGUAUGGCCUGGGAAAAGUUUAUUUUCCAAAGCUAUUAAGAAAGGAAGUACAUCUUCAAUGCGAAGUUUAAGUUCAGACAGAGAUAGUCAAGGGGAAGGUGUCUUCCUUAAUAAAACUGAAGAACCGUCCCCGCCAAGCAAACACCAAAUGAAAGCUGCAAAGAAGAAAGCAAAGAAAGAAGCUAAGCUAAAUAAAAAAAAGAGUAAAAUUUUGGUACUAGAUGAGGUAGACAAAAAAGACUCGCAGUCUGAGAAUGACAAUCUUUUAAAAGAUCCAAACGACGCUGACAGUGAAACCUCGAUUGACAGAAGGGAGCAUCCCAUGCGUCCUGAUUUGGCUAGUAGAGAUAGUAGUGUUAGCAGUAUAAACAGAGUCACAAGUCUUGGACAAAAUGAUGAUAGUCUCCAGAAAGGAACUGAUGAGCCUAGCGCUGGAGACUGUGAUUUAGCUCAGAAAGAUGAGGUUGUAUCAAGGACUAAGGAUACUGAGAUUGACCAGAUGCAGUGCACGCCAGAUGCUAUCCUCGUUAAUGGGGUUGUUGAUGAUGAGGAUGACGCAAAAGUUACUGAGGAGUAUUGCUGUGAUGCAGAUAAACAGAAUAGUGAUGCUGCGUCGCAGUGUGCGAGUGAAUGUACUGCAUCACAGCACGCAAAUGAUUCAAUUAAUGAUGUGGUUAAAAACAUGGAAGAUGUCAAAAUUACUGCAAAGGAAGCACCUCUUCCAAACGGUGAUGCUGUUGAAAUAGGGAAUGGCGACUGUGUUGUCUCGCAUAAGGAUACAAAGCCGGAAAUUGUUUUAGAAGAUCUUGGAGCCGUUGGUGGGCAGGACAUCGAGUCAGAUGAUGAGGUUGUGAAGAAAGCAGUAGUGCCGCUGGCCAAUAGAUAUCAAAGCAGUUCAAGAGAAUGUUCUGUGCAGUCGUGUCUUGGUCAGUUCACCACACAUGAGUUGCUGACUGGAAAUAAUAAAUUUGGAUGUGAAAGUUGUACCAAGAAAAAAUAUGCAGAUGUCAAAAAAGACAAGUUUGUGUACACCAAUGCCAACAAACAGUUGUUAAUCCAUCGUCCACCCCCUAUAUUGACGUUGCAUUUAAAACGAUUUCAGCAGGCUGGUUAUAGUCUACGUAAAGUGAAUAGACAUGUUGAUUUCCCAUUGACAUUAGACAUAGCGCCGUUCUGUAGUGAGAACUGCAAGGAUGUAGCAGACAGUAAAAACCAAAUCCUGUAUUCCCUCUAUGGUCUUGUAGAGCACAGUGGUCGACUACAAGGCGGACACUACACUGCCUAUGUCAAAGUAAGACAACCCUCUCAGCGAUUAAUUGCUUUCGUACAACUCAUACAAAACGGUAAAAGGGCAAAUAAAUCACUGAACAAAAACAAAGACCAGCACAACAACGAAUCAAAAUCAGAUACUAAUGGCCAAGAUGUUGCUAUGGCAACUGAGAAGCCAGUUCAAGAAGGCAACCAUGAUACCAAUAGCAAGGACGACGAAAAAGUAGACAGCACCCACAACAUGUUUGUGGAUUUUGAACCCCCGAGUUGCCCAGCUGAAGGGAAAUGGUUUUAUAUAAGCGAUACACAUGUUAGCGAGGUCACCGAAGCAAAAGUUCUCAAUAGUCAAGCGUAUGUGUUGUUCUAUGAACGAAUGCUUUGAUAAUUCAGUAAAAUUAUCAACCCUUAACCUAUAACCUUUAACCUCAUUUCGUCUUCACAUAUAAUCCGCUAUGGUGUCUGUAUGUUUGUUU